GGAUACCGAUACGUAUCGGUUAAUCUUUACACCCCUAGUAAAUAGGCGUAUACGCAUAGUUGCAUAAAUAUAGUAUGGUGUUUUUCUAUCACUUACCUCACAAGGAUGUAUGGUUUUUAUAAGCUUUAUUACUGCAGUUAUUAUGGGCGUUUCAAGGUCAUUACACAUCUUGAACAGACCAGACCAACAGUCAAGGAGUGGGGUGCUGGAGGAUACAGUAGAGUAGACACCAGGCCUGUCAUUACAUGGUCGAGAGGGGAUGAAGUCAGCUGGUGAGGAUAAGAGCAAGGACAAGUAACAGAUAACCCUACCCUUGGACAGAAUUGUCAGCUAACUUUACAACAGCGAUGGCAGCAACUCAAAAAUGCUUCGCGAAAGGGAGCUCUCCUCCUGGUCCUGUUACCAAGGGUCACAUCAGGCUGUACAGCAUGAGAUUCUGCCCUUUUGCCCAGAGGGCCAGGCUUGUGCUUCAUGCCAAGGGCAUCAAACAUGAGACAGUCAACAUAAACCUGAAGGACAAACCUGAUUGGUUUUUGGAGAAGAACCCUCUUGGCGAGGUGCCAACGCUGGAGACUGUGAAUGGUCAGGUGAUCUAUGAGUCACCAAUCACAUGCGAGUAUCUGGAUGAGGUGUAUGCAGAGAAAAAACUGCUCCCUUCUGAUCCAUUUGAGAAGGCUCAGCAGAAGAUACUUCUGGAACAUUUCUCCAAGGUCACUCCGUACUUCUAUAAGAUCCCAAUGGGCAAGCAGAAAGGCGAGGAUGUGUCAAGCCUAGAAGCAGAGCUGAAGGGGAGGCUGUCUAAAUUAAAUGAGGUGCUGGUCAAUAAGAAAACCAAAUUCUUUGGAGGAGAUUCUGUCACGAUGAUCGACUACAUGAUGUGGCCCUGGUUUGAGAGGAUGGAGAUGAUGGAGUUGACGCAUUGUUUGGAUGGCAAUGCUGAAUUCAAGAAAUGGGUCCAAUUCAUGCUGCAGGACCCUACUGUCAAGGCCACCAUGUUCAGCACUGACACCUACAAGGCCUUUUACAAAUCCUACACGGAUGGCAAACCAGACUAUGACUAUGGGCUGUGAGCUCCAUGGUGACUGUGAUGGAGACAUCGAUGAUUUCUGGCGGCCUGCCCUUGACUAGUCUUUUUAAUGUUGAUUUGACUGAAGCAAACGGGUGAAGAGGAAAGGUUCUGGGACUGAAGUCACUGAUCAAAUCUUACUGAAAUUUCAAUAAGGAUUUUUGUAAUCAAAACAAAAUGGUUUAUUUUCUAUUUUUUAAUGUAGGAUGUCUUUUCGGUGUUUUCAUUUUAGCACUUUAGGGUUUGAGAUAUAAAUUAACAUUUGGUGACUAGAUCUUUUUUUACAAAUUGUUGUCAGCUGCCUUUAUUAGUAAAUAAAGACAGUCUUGUUUCAA